AUGAAAGCAGCCGAUAUUAUCUACAACACAUUUAAGCUUUUCCUAAAUAAGCAUAUUGAUGAAAUCGGAACAGUAGGCUCUUCUGUUGCUAUCCCAAUAUUUAAAUCAGACCUAAUACACGACCUUAUUACAGAAUUCAUUGAAACUCAAAAAUUCAUGCAUCCAAUAAUUGUUGCGCCUCCAAAGGUUAUAAUUAUUGGAGAUUUGCACGGAAACUUGCAUGAUUUGCUCAGAAUACUUAUCAAAAAUGGACUUCCCCCUGAAACUAAUUAUCUCUUCCUUGGAGACUAUGUUGAUAGAGGCGAGUUUUCAUUGGAAGUUGUCAUUUUAGUAUUCGCUUUGAGAAUCCUUUUUCCUGAAAACGUUUUCCUUCUAAGAGGAAAUCACGAACUUUCCAAUAUCAACGCAAUGUAUGGCUUCAAGCAAAAUAUUGUUGAUGUAUAUGGAAAUGAUACACUAUGGCAAGAGUUUAAUGAUGCUUUUGGAUACUUACCUCUAAUUGCCAUUAUUGCUAUGCAAUUACUAUGUUUACAUGGGGGAAUAUCGCCAUUAUUGACAAGCUUGGAUCCCAUUAAAGCUAUCAAAUUCCCAAUGAAAGAAAUAACUCCUUUGGUUACUGAUAUUUUGUGGUCCGACCCAUCUGAGUCAGUUGAUGAUUACGAUAAGAACGAUAGAGGUUGUGGAGUAAUAUGGAGUCCAAAGAACUCCGAAGAAACCCUGAAAAGGCUUAAAUACAAGUUAAUCAUCAGAGGCCAUCAAUGUGUUACAAAAGGAGUUGAAGCUACGCAUAAUAAUAAGGUAAUUACGGUAUUCUCAAGCUCCAAUUACCUUCCUACCGGAAAUUUAUGUGGAUAUCUUGUUUUGAAGGAUAUGACCAUUAACAGAGGCUUCCUUGAUCCUUUACAUACUGUCCAACGACAGAAUGCUAUAUUUGCAAAAAUUCAUUUGAAAGAAAAUGAUAUUUUUGAAGAAGAAAUUAUUGAAGAGAAUUUCCCACCUCUGCAGAUGCCAACUGCUGUUUCACGACGAUCAUCUACGUCAGCAAUACCAAACUUAACGAAUGCUCAUUCUUACGGUUCAAAUCUCUUAAUGGUACGAAAGAAAUUUGUUAUUAGCAGCCCUGCAGUACCUCAAUUUACAUCUGCUAUUGUUCUACAAAGGAGAAAUAGUCAGAUUUAG